GCCGCCGCCGCAGCAGCUGCCGCCUCCGCCCGCCGCGCGAACUGAGGGAGCGGGGUCGCCGCCGCCUGCACGCCCGCGUGCCGGGGCUGCGGUGGGCCAGGAUGUCGGGCUUCCUGGAGGAGCUGCUUGGGGAGAAGCUGGUGACGGGCGGCGGCGAGGAGGUGGACGUGCACUCGCUGGGCGCCCGCGGCAUCUCGCUGCUGGGGCUCUACUUCGGCUGCAGCCUGAGCGCCCCCUGCGCUCAGCUCAGCGCCAGCCUGGCCGCCUUCUACGGCCGCCUGCGGGGGGACGCCGGGGCCGGGCCGGGGCCGGGCCGGGGGGCGUGUUUUCCUCGCNCGGAGCCGGAGCCGCGGCGCCGCCUGGAGAUCGUCUUCGUGUCCUCGGACCAGGACCAGAGGCAGUGGCAGGACUUCGUGCGGGACAUGCCGUGGCUGGCGCUGCCCUACAAGGAGAAGCACAGGAAGCUUAAACUUUGGAACAAAUAUCGAAUUUCCAACAUUCCAUCACUAAUAUUCCUAGACGCCACCACCGGGAAGGUCGUGUGCAGGAAUGGGCUGCUGGUGAUCCGUGAUGACCCAGAAGGUUUGGAAUUCCCUUGGGGACCUAAACCCUUCAGGGAAGUCAUUGCAGGGCCCUUGCUUAGAAAUAAUGGGCAGUCCCUGGAGAGCAGCAGCCUGGAGGGGUCUCACGUGGGAGUCUAUUUCUCCGCACACUGGUGUCCACCCUGCCGAAGCCUCACCCGAGUCCUGGUGGAAUCCUACCGGAAGAUCAAGGAGGCAGGCCAGAAAUUUGAGAUCAUCUUUGUUAGUGCAGACAGGUCAGAGGAUUCGUUCAAACAGUACUUCAGCGAGAUGCCCUGGCUCGCUGUCCCCUACACCGACGAGGCCCGGCGGUCGCGCCUCAACCGCCUGUAUGGAAUCCAAGGCAUCCCCACCCUCAUCGUGCUGGACCCGCAGGGGGAGGUGAUCACGCGGCAGGGGCGGGUCGAGGUGCUGAACGACGAGGACUGCAGGGAGUUCCCGUGGCACCCCAAGCCCGUGCUGGAGCUCUCAGACUCCAACGCCGUGCAGCUCAACGAGGGCCCCUGCCUCGUCCUUUUUGUGGAUUCUGAGGACGAUGGGGAGUCGGAGGCGGCCAAGCAGCUGAUCCAGCCAAUAGCCGAGAAGAUCAUCGCCAAGUACAAAGCCAAAGAGGAGGAGGCGCCGCUUCUGUUCUUCGUGGCAGGGGAGGAUGACAUGACUGACUCCCUGCGAGAUUACACCAACCUGCCUGAGGCUGCCCCUUUGCUCACCAUUCUGGACAUGUCAGCCCGGGCCAAGUACGUGAUGGACGUGGAGGAGAUCACCCCCGCCAUUGUGGAGGCCUUUGUGAAUGACUUCCUAGCAGAAAAGCUCAAACCAGAGCCCAUCUAGAGGGGCUCCGGCCUCAUGAGACGUUAUUUAAAACUCAGUCUUCUCCUCCUCCUUCUCCCCCUCCUCCCCUCCACCCAUGGACUUUUCCAGCGUGUCCUGAAUCACACAACCCAAGUGUCCAACCUCUCUGUGGUGCCUUGUUUUCUGCAUUAACUCCUCAGCUAGCGCCCUUGGGUGCGCACCCUCUCAGAAGCAGAAGAACCCACCAUGUUUGGAGACUCUGCUUGGGACUCACGGGGCGGCAGUAACCCAGCCAGAGCUGGGGCUGCAUCGCUCUCUCAGUCACCAGCUCUUGGUGACCGAGUCUUUGCCAGGGUGUUCUUCUGCCAAGUGUGCAUGAAGGGACAGUGCAUCGGUGCUCUGGCUCUGCCUCUGGUGUCAGCUCUACACACAGAGCCGACACAGCUCAGUGACACAGGUGGGGCAGCGAAAGGGCCGCGGCCUCGUUAAGGCUCAGCUUAGAGCUGCUGGUGAGAACAUCCUUUCCUGGGUGACUUGGUCUGUCUUGGUCUGAGGGAGGAACACUAACUUGUCAGUCAGUGCUUGGGCAGGGGCCCUCCAGAUCUCAAAGGAAGCUUGUGUUCUUUUCUGGUGAGAACAAGAGGGGCUAUGGUAAUGAGUCAUAUAGCAAUUGCUUCCUUUGAUUGAGCUCCUACCAUGGGAUAAGAGCUUCUCAUUCAUUCCUUAUCUCUUUCUUCCUUGAUCUUGACCUUCUCUAAGUCUCUGUCUUCUCAUACAAACAGCCCCUGCUAGCUGGGAAUUUUGUUAAUAAAUUCUCCCCUUUGGACAUCUUCCCAGGAAGAUGCGCUUGGCCCUGUGUCUUGGAGCAGCACCGCCUCGCCAGCCAGACCUCUGACCCAGCCCAGCUCUGGGCCUGGGGCCGCUGGAGCUCUCCUGAUGUGCCUGUGCCUAUCUUCGGUUAUCCCUGUCAUUCUCUUUUCUUUUCAGAGCAGAACUAAAAAGAGACAAGAAAUUACCAGAAGCCUAGCUUUUCCCUAAGAACCUGCAGAAAAAGAGCUGCGCCCUAGGGUGGGAGUGAGGGCAGAGGACGCAUCAAUGAAGAAAGAGUAGGCCUUGGAUCCACUCUGCUAGACCCAGGUAGCUUGGCUUCUUAUGUGGGCUGAACUGACCACAAAAAGGAAAAGAACAUCCAUGUUCUAAGGAUUUGGGCUGGAGGGCUUUGCCGAGGGACUUGCAGGGUUUUAGCCCAUCUCAACCAGGUGUCAGGGUCUUUAAACAAUUCCAGGCCUUACCCUUGGCUCCACCUCACAGCACUCUGCCAACCAAACAAGACCAUGUCUUUGGGAAAACCCAGCCCCUCAAUUAGCUGUAACACCAUUGCUCCUUGCCAAAUGGGAUUGUUGAUUUGUAGUUUCAGAGGUACAAAAUUAGUUGGUAAUUAGACUGUUACUUGAUGUCACCAGCCUGAAAUGCAAUCACCUAGUAAGAAAUAAAGCAGGCAUCUCUGGAUGUUACCAACCAGUUGGCCUUUUCUGUCCUAAUAACAAAAAUGGUUUUGCUUGUGCUGCUGUGCUCUCUUAGGAGGUGGGUAAUGGAGGGGAAAGGGACCUACGAGAUCCUUCUGACUUUCAUUGGAUACCUGGUAGCUACGCGUCAGAAUUUUCGAGAACCCUGAGACCUAACAUGGUCAUCUGUCAUGUCCUCCAGAAGCCAGAAAGUUCAUUUGGAUUAGAAGACCGGAGCUCCCACCGCCAUCUCUCCUGAUUGACCUUGCCCUUGAUGGGGGCAGAUUCUCAGAUGACAGACAUCCUUGUGGACACUCAGUGCUCAUUCAUUCCCUCCCUACAGGGGAGCAAGUGCUCUGAAGCCUGAGAAGGCCAGGUAGGGAACACAAGGAACCCCACUGGGUUCCCCCGUGAAGAAUGGGAAUAUAGUUGGAGACCCUCAAACCUAGCACGAUCACCCUGCCAGUGUCUCCCUUGCAGGGUGGGUUGGAUGUGGGGACGAGGUAAGGCUGACCUUGCUUGGAAGAUGGGCAGGGUUUCUGUCCGUGCCCUCUAUUGUGAUGACCUUGGGGGAAGGGAAAGGUGUCUCUCUUAGGAGCUACUGAUCAUCUGGGGCAGAAGGAACAUAAUCCAGUGAGGAAUCCCUGGAAAUCAUGGCCAACAGAAAAACUAGGUCGUCUGGGAUCUUCCUACAGCCUCACAGGGCUGACUGAACUACCUGCCACUAAUGUCAGCUGGAUCCUUGACACCAGAAUGCCCUGUUUAGAGUGGGUGUGUAGGUUAGUUAAGAUCAGCGAGAAGGUUUACUGAAAAGGCGCUGUAGGUUUAUGUCAUGGCGACUUGAGGAGGAAAUGCCAGGGGAGGAUCACUUCGCCAGUGCCCGUGAAAUAUCCUUGUCUCAAUAGAACAAAAGAUCUUAAAGGUUAUUGAUGCAGACGAAGUGGGUGGCUUCUUAAUUUCCAUUAAGCAGCUCCAAAAUACCUUAAAAUGCUUGUCGCUAAUUGGAAGCAGGUUCAAACACCAGCUGUGGUGUAUUCAAGGGCUUCCGACAGCAGCUAAGGAAACCAUGCCCUCCAGGUUGAGGCAGGGUGGUGGCUGUAAAAAUGCCACCCUGGGGUUCCAGGUUUGUGUUCACCACAAUGACUUCCAGAUCCGAUUCUAGCCAUUUGCACGUGCGAUGAGAUUUUUUUUUUUUUUAACCUGUUCGGGAUUGGUAGUAUUACAGCGAGCAGCUGCCAAUGCCAGAGGGCGACUGAAUACCAGCUUCCUUUCCAGGAGUGAGGUGGCUGUCUGCUAUGCACCCCCUCCCCCAAGUGCGUCCUCGAAAUCAAUGGCUCUCACUUAUCUGAGCACAGGGAGACAGGACUGCUUUCUUGGCAUCAGCCAAGCUUUGAGUGGUAAUUGUCAGCCAGACUUUGUUUUUUCCUGUUGCCUAAUUAAAGACACUGAAAAGCUGUUCUCUCCUCCUGCUGCCUUGUUCUGGGGCAGCAAACUGAAUUCUGCAAUGAUGUAAAGACAAAAGUAGGCUAUGGUCCAGGAACAGAUCCACCGGAUCUAAUAAGCUGUUGCAUCGUCACCUUUGGGAGAAAACCACAUGUGUGUGCAUGCACGUGUGGAAACGCCCUACACU